GCGGGACGCACGCGGUGCGGUUCAAGAUGGCGGAUGCAGAAGCCACGUGGAGAACCCGAAGGGAAGCCAACACGUGUUAGAGUCAUUUACCAGCCAAGCCAUCCUAGUGUUUGGCCUCACAAACUAAUUACUUUCCCAAAGAAGCAUAAGAAGAAAAAAGACCGGAAGCCAUUACAAGAAGAUGAUGUAGCCGAAAUACAACAUGCUGAAGAAUUUCUUAUCAAGCCAGAAUCCAAAGUGGCUCAAUUAGACACUUCGAAGUGGCCCUUGUUACUAAAGAAUUUUGAUAAGCUAAAUGUAAGGACAACACACUAUACACCUAUUCCUUGUGGUUCAAAUCCUCUGAAGAGGGAGAUUGGAGACUAUAUCAGGACAGGUUUCAUUAAUCUUGACAAGCCCUCUAACCCCUCUUCCCAUGAGGUGGUAGCCUGGAUCCGGCGAAUACUUCGGGUAGAGAAGACUGGCCACAGUGGCACACUGGAUCCCAAAGUGACUGGUUGUUUAAUUGUGUGCAUUGAACGAGCCACUCGUUUGGUGAAAUCACAACAGAGUGCAGGCAAAGAGUAUGUUGGAAUUGUCCGGCUGCACAAUGCUAUUGAAGGGGGUACUCAGCUUUCUAGGGCCCUAGAAACUCUGACAGGUGCACUGUUUCAGAGACCCCCACUUAUUGCUGCAGUAAAGAGGCAGCUUCGAGUAAGGACUAUCUAUGAGAGCAAAAUGAUAGAAUAUGAUCCUGAAAGAAGAUUAGGAAUCUUUUGGGUGAGCUGUGAAGCUGGCACCUACAUUCGGACACUAUGCGUGCACCUUGGCUUGUUGCUAGGAGUUGGUGGUCAGAUGCAAGAACUUCGGAGGGUGCGUUCUGGAGUCAUGAGUGAGAAGGACCACAUGGUGACAAUGCAUGAUGUACUUGAUGCUCAGUGGCUGUAUGAUAACCAUAAGGAUGAAAGUUACUUGCGGCGUGUUGUUUAUCCUUUGGAAAAGCUGUUGACAUCUCAUAAACGUCUGGUUAUGAAAGAUAGUGCAGUUAAUGCAAUCUGCUAUGGGGCCAAGAUCAUGCUUCCCGGUGUUCUUCGAUAUGAGGAUGGCAUUGAAGUCAACCAGGAGAUUGUGGUCAUUACCACUAAGGGGGAAGCUAUCUGCAUGGCAAUUGCAUUGAUGACUACAGCAGUGAUUUCUACCUGUGACCAUGGUAUAGUAGCCAAGAUAAAGAGGGUGAUCAUGGAAAGAGACACUUAUCCUCGAAAGUGGGGUUUAGGUCCAAAGGCAAGUCAGAAGAAGAUGAUGAUCAAGCAGGGCCUUCUGGACAAGCAUGGCAAACCCACAGACAAUACCCCUGCCACAUGGAAACAGGAUUACAUUGACUAUAGUGAUUCUGGCAAGAAAGCACUGGUUGCUGAACCAGUACAAGCUCCUCAGUUAGCUGCUGAAGCAGUAAACGUCAUAAAAAGGAAGCGGGAUAGUGAGAGUGAAAGUGAUGAGACCCCUCCAGCAGUUCCCCAGUUGAAGAAGGAAAAGAAGAAGAAUAAGAAGGAUAAAAAGCCAAAAACUAUGCUAGAAAGUGGGUGCGAGGCUGGAGAUGGGGACAGUGACACCACCAAAAAGAAAAAGAAGAAGAAAGUAAAAGUGGUGGAAGAGAUGUCAGAUUAGUAUAAGCCACUUCUUGAAGCAUUACGUCCAGCUGGGAGGAAAAAUAAAAGCCUUAUUGAAAAAACUUUUUGGCCGGGCCGUGGUGGCGCACGCCUUUAAUCCCAGCACUUGGGAGGCAGAGGCAGGCAGAUUUCUGAGUUCGAGGCCAGCCUGGACUACCCUGUGAGUUC